GCACGAUCGAUAUGAUUACCUUCAGCAAUUAAACUAGUCCAACGAUCAACAUGACGACUCUGUUGCAAAACAUCAACGAUGAGGUGUUUCGCACCUACAUCUUUUGGGUGGCUGUGCUGGUGGUGAAGAUGCUCGCCAUGUCCGUACUGACCGGCCGUCAACGAUUUAGGAAGAAGGUGUUCGCCAACCCGGAGGAUAUUCAGCCCAACAAGAAGGGUAUUGCACCGAGGUUCGACGAUCCGGACGUAGAGCGUGUGCGCCGGGCCCAUCGUAAUGAUCUGGAGAAUAUUCUACCGUUCUUCGCUAUUGGUCUGCUGUACAUGCUGACCAACCCGGAACCGUUCAUUGCAAUCAACCUGUUCCGUGCGGUAGCUAUCUCCCGUAUUCUGCACACGAUCGUCUACGCGGUGGUCGUUAUUCCCCAGCCGGCCCGUGGCCUUUCGUGGUUUAUCGCAUACGGCGCAACUGCUUACAUGGCAGUCGUAACCGCUUUAUUCUUCCUUUAA